AUGUUAGAGGCUCCCCAGAGGUGCAGCAGCUGAGCCGGCCCCGAGAGGUCCUUGCACCGGUCUCGGGCAGGCGCCCCCCGGGGGCGGGAAGCGGGUAAGAAGGCAAGAGCUCCUUCCAGGAGGUGGUGUCAGGCUACCUUGGGGCAGAACUUUCUGAGGGCCGUGGACCGGUCUCCCGCGGACAGCUGUGAGUGGGCCAGGAGCUUCCCGUAAUCCGAGGGGGCGAGGCGGAUCCAGGCCUCUGAGCCCCAAAGCAUGGAGCCACAGGUUAAUCUCAAUGUGACUUUUAAAAAUGAAACACAAAGCUUCCUGGUUUCAGACUCAGAAAAUACAACGUGGGCUGAUGUGGAAGCAAUGGUAAAAGUUUCAUUUGAUCUGAACACCAUUCAGAUAAAAUACCUAGAUGAGGAUAGUGAAGAGGUGUCCAUCAAUAGCCAAGGAGAAUAUGAAGAAGCCCUUAAGAUUGCAGUUAAACAGGGGAACCAACUGCAGAUGAAUGUCUAUGAGAGGCAUCAUGCUGUAGAUGAAGCCCCACAGCCUGGUUACAAGCAUCCACAGGAUCCACCUGGGACUGAAAAACAACCAGCUGUUCGGGCAGGGAAGAAACCACUUGCACAUUACUCUUCAUUGGUGAGAGCCCUGGGAUCAGAGAUGAGAACGCAAGAGGAACCCACAGCACAGCUUUCACUCACUCCCUGUGAAGCUGACAAACCUCAAGAUAAGCCACCAGACUGGUUCACAAGUUACUUGGAGAUGUUUAGAGAACAAGUGGUUAAAGAAACGGUUGAGAAGCUUGAUCAGAAAUUAAGGGACAAGUUGGUCCUCCAGGGUCCAUCUUUGGAAUCCUGCUCCUCAGCGUUAUCCAUGCCUGUUUCGGAAGAAACACUAUCAUUGCCAGGAAAUCAAUGUGACUGGCUUAUGACUUGCAGCAAUUGCCAAAGAAGAAUCAUCGGCAUACGUUACCAGUGUAGCUUAUGUCCCUCUUACAAUAUAUGUGAAUUGUGUGAAGCAGGGUCGUAUACCCAUGACCCUAACCAUAUCCUCUUGAAGCUACGGAGACCAAUUAUGGGUUCUUCUGAAACACAUACUCACACAAAGCUCUCCCCUCCUCGUCUACCAGCUGCUAUAGAGCAAGUCAGACUCCAGAAGCAGAUGGACAAGAACUUUCUUAAGGCAGAGAAACAAAGGUUGCGAGCUGAGAAGAAACAGAGAAAGGCUGAAGUUAAAGAACUUAAGAAGCAGCUUAAGCUUCAUAGGAAGAUUCAUCUGUGGAACUCUAUCCAUGGGCUGCAGAGCCCCAAAUCGCCUCUUGGUAGGCCAGAGAGCGUCCUUCACUCAAGCACUCUAAUGCUCCCCAUGCAACCUUGUGCUCCAGUUGUGCCAACUCUGAGUGCAGCAUUUGUGGAUGAGAAUGUGCCAGAUGGGACCCACCUUCAACCAGGAACCAAAUUUAUCAAACACUGGAGGAUGAAGAAUACAGGAAAUGUCAAAUGGAGUGCAGAAACAAAGCUGAAAUUCAUGUGGGGAAACCUAACAUUGGCUUCUACUGAAAGGAAGGAUGUUUUGGUGCCCUAUUUAAAAGCUGGCCAUGUGGGAAUUGUGUCUGUUGAGUUCAUAGCCCCAGCCUUGGAGGGAACCUAUACUUCACACUGGCGCCUUUCUCACAAGGGUGAGCAGUUUGGGCCCAGGGUCUGGUGCAGCAUCAUUGUGGACCCUUUCCCUACUAGAGAAAAUCUUGAAGACAAUGAAAAAGUCUCUUUCAGCACCAACAAAGUUGAUGAUCUCUCCUGUCAGCAAGAGGAGGCCUUCCCACUUGCUGAAGAGGAAAUUCAGAUUGAUGAAGUGACAGAGUCAACAGAGGGAGCAGAAACUCGCAUCCCACGGAAGAUCAAAAGUGAGAGGGAGCUCUACAUCCCAUCCGUGGACCUCCUCACUGCCCAGGAUCUGCUGUCAUUUGAGUUACUAGACAUAAACAUUGUUCAAGAGCUAGAGCGAGUGCCCCACAACACCCCAGUAGAUAUGACCCCCUGCAUGUCUCCUCUACCACAUGACAGCCCUUUGAUAGAGAAACCGGGUUUGGGACAGAUACAAGAGGAGAGUGAAGGGACAGGAUUUAAAGUGCUUCCUGAUUCCACAGUGGCAUCAGGGAAUAAGGCUGAGAAUACUGUUCCUGCAGAAGAAGGUGAAGAAGACCUGAGUGGGACCCAGUUUGUCUGUGAAACUGUAAUCCGCUCCCUUACCUUGGAUGCUGCCCCUGACCAUAACCCACCUCGAAGACCCAAGCCCCUGCAGAGCUCUCUGCAUAUGCUGCCUGACAACAUCAGUUAUGGUACCAGGAGUGAAGAAACCAUCAGAACUCGGUUCUCCCCUUCUCUUGAAGAAGAGCCACAGCCCCAGCUCAUUGAGGAGAAGCAGCUCGUCCAGUCAGAUGACUUCAGCAAAGACAAAUCCUCACCACAUUCCAUUCUUCCUGAGGAGAGACUGAUGAGUGAUGAAAAAAAGGACACUGUCCAGGUGGUGGAGGAUGAAGAGGAGGAGGAACUUAAAGAUGAAGUCCGAAGUCAAGGCUCUUCUGCUUCUUCUGAGGAUUACAUCAUCAUCUUGCCUGAGUGCUUUGAUACAAGCCGCCCCCUGGGGGAGUCCAUGUAUAGUUCUGCUCUCUCACAGCCAGGCCUGGAGCGGCUCAUGGAGAUAGAGCAGGUGGUCAAGGCUGAGCAAGAGCCAGCUGAGGCUUAUGAAGGGCUUCCUAGAGGGGAAAACCAGCAGCAAGGGCACAGCAUCAAUGAUAUUCUGACAACAUCACAGACUCUGGAUGCAGUGCUUCUCACUCCAGAGGUGGUGGGGCCUCCAGGACAGCUGUCCAGCAGUCCUUCAUCUCUUCGGAAUACUAAUUCUGCAGAAACAGAUUUGCCAGUUACCAUUCAAGAAUUUUCUCCAGUUCCUGAUCAAGUAAGAGGAGAGCCCAGGGCUUCAUCAGGACUUGUAAAUAGUAGACAGAAGAGCUAUGAAAACUCAAGGUACUACCAUGGGAGUAGCAUUACUGGAGGGCUGGUGAAGGGUGCUAUGUCUUUUGCUGCCUCUGCCUACAAGGCCCUAUUUGCAGGGCCACCAGUCACUGCUCAGCCUCUAGUUUCUGAAGAUCAGACAGCAGCCCUGAUGGCCCAUCUGUUUGAAAUGGGGUUCUGCGACCGGCAGCUGAACCUGAGGCUGUUGAAGAAGCACAACCACAACAUCCUGCAGGUUGUGACUGAAUUACUGCAGAUCAACAACAAUGACUGGUACACGCAUCGCUAUUGAGGAGCUGCCUUCGACUUGAGGGAACUGUUGUAUUAAAUAACUCAGCCUGCUGCUCAGAGAUGACUUUAUUCUGUUAUUGGGGUGUGGGGUAGAAGGACCUUGCUUCCUUAUUUUUUAACCUGAAGAGUCUGAUAUGUAGUUCAUCGUUGCAACUUCAUCAUCUGCAUCGCAGUAUUCUUUGUAUCCAAUCAAAGACCAGAACUUAAAUUUUUACUUUAGACUGGAUUGGUAGGAAGACAAUUUAAAAAUUGAUUUGGAUUAUGACUCUUUCUUUCCGUACUAUUUCUCCCUUUUAGAGAGCAUUGAAGACAAUGGUUUGAACUUUAUUUAGAACGAAUGUUUUCCUUGUACUGAAGUUGAGUAUGUUUGUCUGGUUUUGAUAUUUUUGUCUGGUUGGUUUUGAUGUGUUGUGGUGUAAUAUGAAAGCCCCUGGGAAGAGAGGCUGCUAUCAAGUUAGCCUCAUAGCUCCUUUAACAGCCUCACUCCGGGUGUUGAGAUGACAUCCAAGCCUAGUACUGCUACUACCACACAAAGUAUACUUGAUGAAGAAAAAACUGAUAGCAGUCACUGGAAAGUCUGUUUUCCAGAGAUUCCCAGUAACAUAUUAAAGAAUAACCACCUUCUUCAUUCCUGCAUUUCAGUAGUGGUAAGAGAUAGGAGGAGUUAACUCACCAGCACCUACUGAGCAGCAUCAAUUGUAGUAAUUUUACGUACUUUUUUCUUUAAGGAAAAAUUUUUAAGAAAAAUAGGUAGGAUAAAAUAUUUUGCUAACAUAACUAGAAGAUGGGGGGAGGUCAUUUUAAUGAAUACCUUUCCCCCCAGAUGAUGAUGGAGAGAUCCUCUUAUUUUUUGAGAGAGUAGGGAAAAAAUAGGAAUAUUUUAAAAAGAGAGAGGCUGGGUCCUAUAUUAAUUCCAAAUGAGAGUAUGUGGCACAGGAGUACUUGUCUUUUAACUGGUCAGAAGUAGCAUUUGGGCCAAUAAAAUAGAAAGGAUGGUGUACAAGUGGAUUUUGCAGAGUGCCCUGGGAUAGUUCAGCAAUGUUCUGGUUGUGAAGUUGGACAAAAGGUUUGGUUUUAGCCCCAUUUGGGUAGAGGUAAAGUGUUUGGAUUCCAGCUCGUCUUGGGUGUGGUCUGAGGAUGGGAGAAGUAGGGUGUAAUCUUCUAGAAACCUUACUGAAAUAUUCAUGAUGAGAAAGAAGAGUCCAGCCCUGCCGGGGUAUUUGAUUCAAGGAGGGUGGGAUUGGAUGUUAAAUAGUGUUAUUUACCUGGUUGGUAUUUAUAAUUAACAGGAUGAUUAUAAUAAAUCAUUAGCCACGAAUAAGGAAAAAUUAUUUACAGUAUAACCCAGAAUGCUAUUAAAUAAAGCUGUGGGAUGCAGAUUGUCUGGUCA